CAAAUCCAAACGGAGAAAUACUUUAAUCUUUGAGGACAAGAAAUAUUAUGCCUUUUUUUAAAACCUUUUUCCAUUGCAGAAAAAAAGUCCCUUUUUUUCCUUUUUCUUCUCUCACCCAAACCCAUCGUUUAUUGAUUACAGAGAGGUAAUUGUUUUAUUGAGGCGAGGGGAGGUAAGGAAUAACAUGUGAGCAGUCAGUACUUUGUCACGAGGAUGCGGAAGAAAUCGAAAGAUGGCGGCCAAACGCGCUAAAGUUGAAGAAGAUGAAGACCCUUCAGUUACAGUUUUUAGGGAGUAUUUGAGGAUAAAAACUGUUCAGCCAAACCCGGACUAUGGUGUGUGCAUUUUGGAGAAAGGAUUAUUUCCCUUUUAUUCAUUGAAAUUCAUGUGAAAUGAACAUUGCAUAAAUUUCUUGAAUGGUUCGUACAUCAUCUUUACUAUUUCAGAUGGCGCCGUUCUUUUUCUUGAGAGGAUUGCUAAGGAACUUGAUCUCGCAUUUAAAUGUGUAAAGGUAGAUAUGCAGAAUUUUCUGGCAUGGAAUAGUGCUGAAUGAAUUUCAAGUUAACAAAUAAUUGACAUAUCUUUUGAUAUACCAAUGAGAGAACUCUUUCACAAGACAAUGGAAUUUGCGUCAUUACGGUGUGGCUCAGUUUUUUUUCUUUUUAAUGCUGUGAAUUGAAAUCCUCAUCGGGGUAUUUGGGUGAACGUUGUUUCUGCAUGUGAAAACCCAUGCCUUUUUAAACACCUAACACUCGGAAAAGGUACCCCAGGAUCCAUGUUUUAUGUUCAAGUAAUAUAACAGAAUAUGGCAAAACAUAACCCCCUCUCCCUCCUCUUCUAAAAAGGUAUUCUUUAAGUCCAUCCUUGCUAUGACCCCACCAGUAACUUUCCUUUACAUCUACCAGCUGAAUUUUGAUAUUUUGAUUGAUGAUGCUCAAAGAGUUUGAUGCCAAAUCCAUAAUUAGUUGGUUUAUUUUGAUUUGAUUUUGUUCUUCAUUUAUCUUAUAGAAUGCUGAGUCAGGUAAAGUUGUGGCAGUUGUCAUUACUUGGAAAGGAAAAGAGCCUGAUUUACCAUCCAUCAUGUUAAACAGUCACAUAGAUGUUGUUCCAGUGUUUCCAGUAAGUUCCCUGACAGACAAUUUUAGCGGAGCUCGCAGAGCAUAGCCCCAUAAUUAUACAAAAUAGUAGUAACCCAUCAAGCUGAAAAAAUUUGGAUGUAUGACCAUACAACCGUAUGACCAUACGACAGUACGACCGUACAAGGUGCUACUUUUAACAUGCGUAGUCAACUGUACUGCAGGCAUGCCAACGCCACAGCUUUGUUCAGUAGUCCAGUGGUCAGUGCACUGGGCUCCAAGCCAGACGACAUGGGUUCUAGUCCUGGUCGGGGCAAGGCAUUGUGCCCUUGAGAUGUGCAGGAAAAAAAAAUGCGAGCUCCACUUUUAGGCUUGGCUAAAUCUAUAUAUUAUAGAUUAACUGAGGUACUAUAUGUAAGCUCUUCUUGGUCUUAAGGCAUAUUGAGAAGAGUCUGUGAUUUAAUAUCACCUUUCCUAGUGAUUGCAAAGUUUUGUCUAGGUGAGCAAGUGCUCAGUUUGUUCCAGGUGAAAAUUUUUGCAGCUGUCUUUGAUUUUUAUGGCAGGGAAGGCUGGGGAGAGAAAUGAAUUUGUAUCAAGGGGUAAAUGAUGGUCAAAAGGAAAGAGAGGGGAUAGGGAAGGGCCUUUUUCCCUGCCCCCUGCCCCCUGCCCCCUGCUUCCCAUCACCCAUUCUAACUCUAAAUCAAACAUGGCCGGUCAAAUAAACAAUUACGAGCUUGUGAUGUGGUAAUGCCUGCAUUGCAGACCUUAUUCUUAGAGGUGCGAUAUACUAAAUGCGAAUAACUAACUGGUACAUAUUCUUGUAAUUGGCAGAAGAAAUAGGAAAAGUAAUGAAAGGGGCCAGAACUCACCACUUUCAGUAAAUUUAUCAUUUUAUUUAUCUUAUCACAGGAACACUGGACAUACGAUCCCUUCUCUGCCCACAAGACUGAAAAUGGUGAUAUUUUUGCCCGUGGAAGUCAGGUUUGGAAUCAUGGUUUGUUGUUAAUGCAUAACUAAAAUGAUCUACAGUAAUUAUAAUUGUGUUAUAUAAAACAAGUAAAAACUCAAUUUUGUCUUCUCUUUUUUCCCAGGAUAUGAAAUGUGUUGGCAUCCAGUAAGUAAAUGAAAAUUGUUUGUGUACAUUGUUUGAUUGUUGUAUCUUACCUGAGAAGUGAGUGAAUACAGUUAAACCUGUAUCAAGUGACACUGCAUUACAUGAUCACCCUGUAUUAAGCAAUCACUUUCCAAGGUCACAAAUUUUUCAACCCUUUAUUACAAUAAGUGUAACUUUCACAUCUAUUAAGUGGUUAUGGUUGCCCUUUCCUGAGUUUCAAUGGCCGAUCAUAAUAAUAAUUAUGAUGAUCACAAUAAUUGUCUUUCACCAGUAUUGAAUGGUCACUUUGGAAACAUCCAAAUAAAACUAAGAAUCAUCUUUCAAGUAACAUUUCAUCUAUGUUUAUCUCCCAAAAUCAAUGUUAAUAGUAUUUUCUAGCAAGUUUUUGUUCACUAAGUGGUCAAUCAGGGCAUAAAAUGGUUUUUUUUCAUGGUUUUAUUAUGAUACCCCAACUCUGUGGAACCUGUUUUUUGGGUCAAUCUAUACUAAUACUAGUCUACUACUAUCUAUACUAUACUAAUGGACUGUGAUAUGCUGCUAAUACCAAAAUAAACCAUGCAUUUUGGUUAUAGCAGAGAUUAUUUUUUUGAGAUGAGUAUUAUGUGACAAGUGUGCCAAGAAUUGACUUUCAUGUUGUAGAAGUGAGGUUUAAAGAGACCUUAACCCUUUAACUCUCAAGAUCUGAUUGUCAAUUCUCCCCUCUAGUUGCUACACAUUUCCUUGUAAAUUGGUUACGAGAAUUUGGUGUUUGAUCAAGGUAAUAUCCUGUUCCUGAUAAGUUUGAGUAUUCUCACAACCUGUUUCCCCAGAUAAUGUAUGGAUACUAUAGGAAGAAGUUACAUGUCAAUCACUUCUGGGAGUUAAAGGGUUAACACAAAAUGGACAUCACCAUAAUCAAACAAUCAUUAAGUCACAGGCUUCUUAAUUUAAAGAAGCCUUCCACGUAAUCAGAUACCUAUUUGUUUGUGUGUUUGUUUGUUUUUUAAAAAUAGGUACAUUGAAGCAAUAAGAAAGCUCCAAUCACAGCAGUUUACCCCACGUAGAACAAUUCAUGUCACAUUUGUUCCAGGUAAAUCCUUUUUUUUUAUUUCCAUUACACACUUUUUAUUAAAGCAAGUGAUGAAUCUGUAUAACAUUUUAAAAAUUUACUCUUUUUUCCCUCACUUUUGCUUUGCUAAUUAUUUAGAUGAGGAGAUUGGUGGAGUAGAUGGAAUGGAAAAAUUUGUGGAAAUGGAUGAUUUUAAAUCUCUCAAUGUUGGUUUUGCUUUGGAUGAAGGUAUGCAAAAUCCAGUUAUUGUUUAAUAUCUUUGCUUCAGUAGCUGCAUGCUGUAGAAUUUUAAUAAUUUCCAUUUUGUAAUCUAGUUAUUUGAUUUUGCUCUUAGGGCUUGCAAACCCAACAGAUGCAUUCACAGUAUUUUAUGGGGAAAGAUCUGUUUGGUGUAAGUGUCUUUUCUAUUUGUAAUUGUAUAUUUAUGGUGUAGUAGUGAUAAUGACACAUAGUUAUCCACUGAAAUAAUUUAAUAAAUAAAUUAAAUAUGUGAAAGUAAUUAUCAUGACUUUUAUUUAAUGAUCGAAUAAAAGUCCUGACAGUUUGCUUACAUUGGAUUUUCCCAGAAGGUAGUAUCUUAUCCCAUCCAGUCUGCAUUGCAGUCUUAUCAUUUAAGCUGAGUGGAAGUCAGAGGAAGAAAAGGGGUGAAUGCAAACCAAAGAUUUAGAGAAGAGGAGUGAAGAACAGUGUACUAUAGAAUAUCUGAGCUCAGCAGGAGACUCUUGCUUCCCUUUUGUCUUCUUAAUUAUGUUGGUUUUAGUGCAUGUCUUUGCAUUACUGCAUGUCAGUGAUUACCAAAAGGCUCUAGCCUCUCCUGUUGGCUAAAAUAGAAAUGAAUAAACAAAUAAAGAAUGCUAUGCAAGCCAAUUUCAUCCUGAAUCAAGCACACUCCAGACUAAACACUCACACUCACUGUAUAACUUUUCAUUUUCAGCACAGAUAAUAAUGAUUACUUAAUAUUGAAUAAUUAAUUUUGUUACACAAAACAGGGUUGAAAGUUAUUUGCAAAGGUCCUCCUGGUCAUGGUUCCAGAUUUGUGGAGGACACAGUUGGAGAAAAGAUGGUGAGUCUUUUAAUUGAGAAGAAAUGAUUCUAAAGGAAAGGUUUCAUUUAUCCUAUUGGAUAUUUCCUUUUUGAUUGCAUCCCAGCCUGCUUAGUAUGUAAAUGAGCAUCCAGUUAUCGAUUGUCAUCCUCUUUGCACACAGGCUGGUACUCCAACCUUGAAAAUUUGAAUAAAUUUUACAAUGCAAUGAAUAUUCUCUACUUUUAAUUUUAGGACUUUUAAUUAUUGGUGUCUUGCUUGUUUUUGUUGUAUUCAUUUACUUUUGGAUUUCUGAUAACAGUAGCUUCAAGAAAUCAAACCAAACAACUGAACCCAUAAAUUACAUUUGGGUUUCUAUUUUGAAUUACAGUGCAAGAUUGUACAGUCCUUUAUGUCUUUCAGAGAAGAACAGAAGAAAAGGUAUGAAAAUUCAAAUCUCACCCAGAUAUCAACUUAAUUAGUAAGCAAGCAUUUUAUUUAUUACUAAUUGCUUUUGUGUUUCAAAUGGAGGUGGCCUCCAUUUACCAUUUGUGACUGAUUAAGAACUAUCCUUAAAAAAUGCCUAUAAGUAGUGUCCCUCGAUGAUCUUAGUAUCAAAAAACAGAUGUAUUAGGGAUGUUUAACCCUUAACUCUCAGAUCAAAUUUGUAAUUCUCCUAAAUGUCAACCAUACAAUUUUUAUAAUGUUAGUUCAGAGAAGUUGGUAUUGGAUCAACUUAUU